AUGACUGAAAGAAUGUCCCUGUAUAACAAUACACAAGUCCGUCCUUCUUGGUUCCUCCUGCUGGGCAUUCCAGGGCUUGAAGAUGCACACAUCUGGAUUGGAUUUCCCUUUUGUUUUCUCUAUCUCAUUGCAGUCCUGGGGAAUGCUGCUAUUUUAUUUGUGAUCCAAACUGAACACAGUCUUCAUGAGCCCAUGUACUACUUCCUAGCCAUGCUGGAUUCCAUUGACCUGGGUCUGACCACAGCCACCAUCCCCAAAAUGCUGGGCAUCUUCUGGUUCAAUCUCAGGGAAAUAUCAUUUGGAGGUUGCCUUUCUCAAAUGUUCUUCAUCCACUUCUUCACGACCUGUGGCUCUCAUAUAGGUGUUAUCUUAACCUUUUUUACUCCGGCAUUUUUCUCCUUCUUGACACAUCGUUUUGGCCACAAUGUGCCCCAAUUUAUCCACAUUUUCUUGGCCAAUCUCUAUGUGGUUGUCCCACCUGCCCUUAAUCCUGUGAUCUAUGGGGUAAGGACCAAGCAGAUUCGGGAGCGAGUAAUGAGGAUUUUGUUCCAUAAAGAUCACUAG